AAAAACUUGAUCGAAUGUUGCAGGAUGCAAUACUUUCAUUAUCUGCCGCUGCAAUGGCUCUACCUCCUUUAUCUAUGAGAGGGGAUCUGGGUGUUCUUUCCACUGUUGCUGCUCGGUAUGCCCCCUCCCUACUGAGAUCCUUUAUUGAAAUGGGACCCGGGGAGCUCUUGGUGCUACUAAGCUUUUUCGUCCCUUCUCAGAAAUUAUAGACUCAUUGGAGCUGAAGGACCCUUUUAUAAGAAAUUGGGUGGAUCUUCUGGCUUUCAUUCUUGCAGGGGUGAAAUCUAAUGGUGUACUUUCAGCAGAGAUGGUUUAUAUGUUUGCUGAAUGGUACAAGCCAGGAUGCAGUCUGGAGUAUCCUCUUCAUGGAAGGGGGGCUAUAAUCGAUGCCCUUCUACAAGGAAUAGAGAAGUUUGGAGGACGAGUUUCUCUAUUUAGUCAUGUGGAAAAAAUUGUUGUUUAAAGUGGUAGAGCCACUGGAGUCAUGAUAAGAGGCGGUCAAGUGAGUACAUAACGUGUAAUAGAGUAAAAAAUAAAUUCACCUACGUCAAAGUAUACCUCCCGCAACUGUUAUGGACUGAAGAAUGCUGCAGUUCAUACGUGCAAAAAAGGCUGUUGUCGGCAAUGCAUCUAUAUGGGACACUUUAAACCUCUUACCCAAGGAAGCUGUUCCAAACUCAUACAUGGAAAGGGGCAUUCGUGAGGAUUUGGGGAUUCAUCAUACUGUUGUGAAUGACUGGGAAAGAGGAGUUGAUGUUGAUCAAACUGUUGUUUUAAUUUCUGUUCCCAGUGUACUUAGCCAAGAUCUAGCACCACAUGGGAAGCAUAUUUUACAUGCUUGUACUCCAGGGACUGAACCUUUUGAAUUGUGGGAUGUACUUGAUCGUAGAAGUUCUGAGUACAAAAAGCUCAAAUCUGAACGAUCAGAGGUAUUGUGGAGAGCUGUUGAACGUGCACUUGGCCCCGGUUUCAGCAGGGACAACUGUGAGGUGAAGCUGGUAGGAACCCCUCUAACACAUCAAAGGUUUCUCAGGAGGAAUAGAGGAACUUAUGGACCAGCCAUACAAAUUGGCAAAGACUCUUUUGUUGGCCAUUCAACACCUAUUCCACAGCUCUAUUGCUGUGGCGAUUCUACCCUUCCUGGCAUUGGAGUUCCUGCUGUUGGUGCUAGUGGCGCUAUUGUUGCAAACUCACUAGUCCCCAUUUCUCAACACUCCCAACUUCUUGAUGCCAUUGGAAUUUGAACACAUAUUGGGGUGGAUACACGCUUAUCUACUCUUGGCCUUUUCAUUGGACCACUCCACCUCUCAAAACUUAUCAAAUCCACCGUCUGUUUUCUUUAUGGGGACUAAAAACUCAUUAAUCUAAGUGAAAGGUGGAGGACCACUUGAAUGGUCCUAUAUUCUUGAAAUGUAUACAGAUUGAACUACUCAAGAAAAAUUUUUUUUCCUUUUUGUGAACUCUAAGCAUGCAAACAAAGAUGGGUGGAGCAA